UAUGCAUAUAUAGCCCCCCACCAUUGUCUCCACCAUCAUAGUUCUCAUCUUGUCUCUUUCGCUGCUCUCAAACUCUCUUUCUAUAUAAAGAGAACUCCUCUCUAGCGACUAAUUCUCUCUACAGAAGAAGCAGAAUCUAAAACGGAAGCAAAAAUGGCGCUCUCCAAGACCGCAUCGCAGACGGACGUGUCGAUCCACUCCACCUUCGCCUCGCGCUACGUUCGCACUUCCCUUCCUAGGUUUCGGAUGCCGGAGGAGUCGAUUCCGAAGGAGGCGGCGUACCAGAUUAUCAAUGACGAGCUGAUGCUCGACGGAAACCCGCGGCUGAACCUGGCGUCGUUCGUGACGACGUGGAUGGAGCCGGAGUGCGACAAGCUCAUCAUGGCCGCCGCCAACAAGAACUACGUCGACAUGGACGAGUACCCGGUCACCACCGAGCUCCAGAAUCGAUGCGUGAACAUGAUCGCGCACCUCUUCAACGCCCCUCUCGGCGAGUCGGAGGCCGCGGUGGGCGUCGGCACCGUCGGGUCCUCCGAGGCCAUAAUGCUCGCGGGCUUGGCCUUCAAGAGGAAGUGGCAGAACAAGCGCAAGGCCGAGGGCAAGCCUUUCGACAAGCCCAACAUCGUCACCGGAGCAAAUGUCCAAGUUUGUUGGGAGAAAUUCGCGCGGUACUUCGAAGUCGAACUGAAGGAGGUGAAGCUGAGGGAUGGGUACUAUGUCAUGGAUCCCGAGAAGGCCGUCGAGUUGGUCGACGAGAACACCAUUUGCGUCGCAGCCAUCCUCGGUUCGACUCUCAACGGCGAGUUUGAGGAUGUGAAGAAGCUAAACGAACUCCUCACCAAGAAGAACCAGGAGACAGGGUGGGACACGCCGAUCCACGUCGAUGCGGCGAGCGGGGGGUUCAUCGCGCCGUUCCUGUACCCCGAGCUGGAGUGGGACUUCCGGCUGCCGCUCGUGAAGAGCAUCAACGUGAGCGGGCACAAGUACGGCCUCGUCUACGCCGGCAUCGGGUGGUGCAUCUGGCGGAGCAAGGAGGACCUGCCGGACGAACUCAUCUUCCACAUCAACUACCUCGGCGCUGACCAGCCCACAUUCACCCUCAACUUCUCCAAAGGUUCAAGCCAAGUGAUUGCACAAUAUUACCAACUAAUUCGCUUGGGCUAUGAGGGCUACAAGAACAUCAUGGAGAACUGCCGGGAGAACGCGACGGUGCUGAAGCAAGGGCUGGAGCGGACCGGCCGGUUCGACAUCGUCUCCAAGGACGACGGCGUGCCGCUGGUCGCCUUCUCCCUCAAGGACCGCAGCCGCCACGACGAGUUCGAGGUCUCCGACUUCCUCCGCCGCUUCGGCUGGAUCGUCCCCGCCUACACCAUGCCCCCCGACGCGCAGCACAUCACCGUCCUCCGCGUCGUCAUCCGCGAGGACUUCAGCCGCACCCUCGCCGAGCGCCUCGUCUACGACAUCGAGAAGGUCCUGCACGAGCUCGACGCCCUCCCCCCGAAGCAGCUGCUGCAGAACGGCGGUGCCACCACCACCGCCGCCGCCGCCAUGCUGGCCGCGAAGAAGCCGUCGGCGGAGGACCUGCAGAGGUCGGUGACGGAGCACUGGAGGAAGUUCGUGCUGGCCAAGAAGACCAAUGGAGUUUGCUAGAAGUUAUAUAAAUCGAUCUACUGCAUGCGCAAGGAUAGAGUUUGAGUUAAUUUGAAUAUAAUUCAUAUAUACUAAGAUCUAUGAAUGUUUUGUUGAUCCAUGACAUGUUCUCAAUUAGCUGUGAACGUACGUACGUACGUACGUACGUACGUUUCCUUAGUUUGGUUUAACUUGUUGCAUGCGUGCAUAUCUUGGAACAUAAUUGGAAGUUUGAGUUUUCGCUGAAAUAUAGAAUGUUUUUCAGU